AGUCCGGAGGUGAGGGGCUGAUUUCUCAAUGCGCAUGCGUGAUGGCACGCUUUCCCGGAAGACCCAGCAAGUGCUCCCAGGAUGAGCCGGUGGCGUUGGCUGCCCCUGCUGCGGCGGCAUUGACAAGACACGACCUCUAUGCCUUUCCGUCUUCUCAUCCCGCUUGGCCUAUUGUGCGCGCUGCUGCCCCUGCACCAUGGUGCGCCAGGCCCCGACGGCACCGCGCCCGACCCCGCACACUACAGGGAGCGAGUCAAGGCCAUGUUCUACCACGCCUACGACAGCUACCUGGAAAAUGCCUUUCCCUACGACGAGCUGAGACCUCUCACCUGUGAUGGACACGACACCUGGGGCAGUUUUUCUCUGACCCUAAUUGAUGCUCUGGACACCUUGCUGAUUUUGGGGAAUAUCUCUGAAUUUCAAAGAGUGGUUGAAGUGCUCCAGGACAACGUGGACUUUGAUAUUGAUGUAAAUGCCUCCGUAUUUGAAACCAACAUUCGAGUAGUAGGAGGACUCCUGUCUGCUCAUCUGCUGUCAAAGAAGGCUGGGGUAGAAGUGGAGGCAGGAUGGCCCUGCUCUGGACCUCUUCUGAGGAUGGCUGAGGAGGCAGCCCGAAAACUUCUCCCAGCCUUUCAGACACCCACUGGCAUGCCCUAUGGGACGGUGAACCUGCUUCAUGGCGUGAACCCAGGAGAGACCCCUGUCACAUGUACAGCAGGGAUUGGGACCUUCAUUGUGGAAUUUGCCACCCUGAGCAGUCUCACUGGUGACCCUGUGUUUGAAGAUGUGGCCAGAGUGGCCCUGAUGCGCCUCUGGGAGAGCCGGUCAGAUAUUGGGCUGGUUGGAAACCACAUCGAUGUGCUUACUGGCAAAUGGGUAGCCCAGGACGCAGGCAUCGGGGCGGGUGUGGACUCCUACUUUGAGUACCUGGUGAAGGGAGCCAUCCUGCUUCAGGAUAAGAAGCUCAUGGCCAUGUUCCUAGAGUAUAACAAAGCCAUUCGGAAUUACACCCACUUUGAUGACUGGUACCUGUGGGUGCAGAUGUAUAAGGGGACUGUGUCCAUGCCAGUCUUCCAGUCCCUGGAGGCCUACUGGCCUGGUCUUCAGAGCCUCAUUGGGGACAUUGACAAUGCCAUGAGGACAUUCCUCAACUAUUACACUGUAUGGAAACAGUUUGGGGGGCUUCCAGAAUUCUACAACAUUCCUCAGGGAUACACAGUGGAGAAGCGAGAGGGGUACCCACUUCGACCAGAGCUCAUCGAGAGUGCGAUGUACCUCUACCGUGCCACAGGGGAUCCCACCCUGUUAGAACUUGGGAGAGAUGCGGUGGAGUCCAUUGAGAAAAUCAGCAAGGUCGAGUGUGGAUUUGCAACAAUCAAAGACCUCCGAGACCAUAAGCUUGACAACCGCAUGGAGUCCUUCUUCCUGGCAGAGACUGUGAAAUACCUCUACCUUCUGUUUGACCCAACCAACUUCAUCCACAACAAUGGUUCCACCUUUGAUGCGGUAAUAACCCCCUAUGGAGAGUGCGUCCUGGGGGCUGGUGGCUACAUCUUCAACACAGAAGCUCACCCCAUUGACCCUGCUGCCUUGCAUUGUUGCCGGAGACUGAAGGAGGAGCAGUGGGAAGUGGAAGACUUGAUGAGGGAAUUCUACUCCCUCAAAAGGAGAUCAAGAUUUCAGAAAAAGACAAUGCGUUCGGGGCCCUGGGAACCUCCGGCAGGACCAGGCACACUCUCCUCACCUGAAAACCAUGACCAGGCGAAGGAGAAGCAGCCUGCCAAACAGAAAACCCCACUUCUUAGCUGCCCUAGUCAGCCUUUUACCUCUAAGCUGGCAUUGUUGGGACAGGUCUUCCUAGAUUCCUCAUAACCACUGGAUGAUGUUUUAUUUUUAUUUUUUUGAGAUUAAACUAUAAUAAUGUGCUUUUGGCUAUCA